AAAAACAAAAAUGGCGGGCUAGCAAACAAGUCAACUUUUCGCAAUUUUAUGUAUUUUCUAUGUGCAAGUCCAAUUAUAUUCAGUGUUUAAUGGUUUAGUAAAUUGAAGAUGGCACGAAAACUGUUUUAUUAAAUGGGACACAAACAAUAAUGCAUGCUCAGCAAACAAAAUUCAUUGGCUAGUCUUGUCCAUUCCAAUAUUCCAAACGAAUAUUUAUCAGUUUUCUCCUUGAGAUUGUCAAAUUAGAAAAAAGUGGUCCAAAUAAUUGAAGAUGUACCUCUCGCGUUAUACGUGUUAAGUCAAAACCAAAACAAUUGCAAUGUCGUCCAGGAAGAAGUCAACCAGCACCACCGAAUCGAGUUCCGGAUCGACGUCUGGUACAUCGUCGUCCAGUGAGAGCAGUAGUGGUUCGGAUAGUAAUUCAUCCAGUUCUGAUUCCGAAUCGACCACUUCGCAGGAACAAGAACCAACCAGACGAAACAGUUCGGGCUCAACAAACAAUCAUCAGGAAGCCAAGACUGCAAGUGGUUCGACUGGUCCAGCUACAGCAACAGGGAAAAAACCCCCGCGGCGAGCUUCUGAUACUAGACCACAGAAUAAAAGUGAACCAACCGAAAAGUUAUCCACAUCCGCAUCCAACAAAGGUAAAGCAAUAGCAGCGGCCACCAAAGCACAGCAACAAAGAUCGCGACAAGUCUAUGCUAAUUCGAGCGAUGAUGAUGGUCCACCAGCUAAAACUCAAGUUCCGGCCACGAAACGCACACCGAAUGAUACAAAGAAAAAGCCAGUGCAAUCAAAUAAAUCUAAAGCAAAUCCAGUGCCUCCUGUCACUGGAGGCAAGGCACCUCCGGCUGUUGUCAAGCAACAACAGCAACAAUUACAAAAUUUAAACAAGAAUUUAGCUAAUAAGAACGGUCCUGCUGCCACGAAGGCUGCACAAAAGGCAGCAUCGAAGAACGCGGACUCAAAGGAGAAAAGUAUUUUCUCGCCGGAUAAUACAACAGAAUCGGAGGAAGAUGUCAAAACGAAAAGUGUGAAAACACCAGCUCCUAAGCCGAAACCUCCGCCGGGCCGGCCGAAAGGUAGGCCACCUAAAAACAAAGUUGUUGAGAAGCCUCCAGUGGUCAAAAGUUCAGCCGAAUCGUCAACAACGGCGUCAACGUCGGACAGCACAUCAACUAGUGAAUCGGAAAGCGAAAGCAGCGUUGAUUCGGCACCGCUCAGUAAGAAAGUGACAGAAAAGAAGCCGGCCGAGAAAACGAACACAUCCGCAGUAAAAUCAGAAGUAAAAGAUCCUGCGAAUUCCGAAUCGGAUAUAGAAAACAAGGCAACAUCAAAUAUCGUACGUAAAUUGACCAGAUCUUCCAGCACCCGUAAAUCCAAGCAUUUGACAGCCAUUUUCAAUCCUGGCAAAGCAUCCGAUUCAGACUCCGAGGCCGACAGUAAGCGUUCGUUGUCGAAGAGUCCAGUCAAGCGGGCUCCAGCUACGAAAGGAAAAUCCAAAAAUUCGAAAUCGAAUGCCAAAAACAACACGAGUCCGAAUAAGAAAACUUCUGCCAUUCCCGAAGAACGACGUUGUCCAGUCGAUGGUUGUGAUUCAGUUGGUCAUCUGGGCGGUCGCUUAGAAAAACAUUUUACACAGGAAGCGUGCCCAUUGUAUCAUAAUAUGACGCUGGCGGACACCAAAGCAUGGGCGUUGGAACGACAACAGCGGGAGGAAGAGCGUAAAAAGGCACUAAUUCUGUACGAGCCAUCCAAAAAGCAAUACACAGUCGAUCAGAAAGCAUAUCAAAUAAAAGUCAAAGAAAUCCGAAACAAAUUCAAACCGCCGUUAACUUCGCCGACUCGACCAACGCACACAAAUGCACAUUUUCAUAACGCAAAAGAUACGGCACGAGAACCUAGCUUAACGGGACUGGUGUCUGACUAUGACUUACAAUUGUUUCGCGAAGCGCAAGCAAGAUCAAGCGAGAAAAUUGAAGAGGAACUGAAAGACAUCCAAACUGGCAAAGGAACUAAGUACAUCAUCAUGGGACGACACAAAAUGGAAGUGUGGUAUCAAUCUCCCUAUCCGGACGAUGCGGCUCGGCUACCGAAACUGUACCUCUGCGAAUUCUGUCUUCAAUAUCAAAAAUGUGAGAUUGGCAUGAAACGACAUGCAGCCAAAUGUGUGUGGCGUCAUCCGCCCGGUGAUGAGAUUUAUCGCAAAGGAAAACUCGGUGUCUGGCAAGUGGAUGGUAAACGCCAAAAGCAAUACUGUCAACAUUUGUGUUUGCUGGCGAAAUUCUUCCUCGAUCACAAGACAUUGUACUAUGAUGUCGAGCCGUUUCUCUUUUAUAUCAUGACAUUAGCUGAUUCCGAAGGUUGCCAUACGGUUGGAUAUUUUAGCAAAGAAAAGAAUUCAUUUUUAAAUUACAACGUUUCCUGCAUUUUAACUCUACCUCCGUAUCAGCGCAAAGGCUUCGGACGACUACUGAUAGACUUUAGCUACCUUCUCACUCGAGUCGAAGGAAAAAUUGGAUCGCCCGAGAAACCACUGUCCGAUUUGGGUCUAAUAUCCUACCGCUCAUAUUGGAAAGACGUUCUUCUCGAUUACCUGUGCAACAGAACCGGCACAACGCUAAGCAUCAAGGAUGUGUCUCAGGAAAUGGCAAUUAAUUCAUACGACAUAGUCAGCACACUGCAAGCACUGGGCAUGAUGAAAUACUGGAAAGGAAAGCACAUUAUACUUAAGAAGCAGGACGUCAUCGAGGAAUACGAGGAGCGUGUAAAAUCUCGCGGUAUGGUUUUGAAAAUCGAUUCGAGUUGCCUCCGAUGGACACCAUUUGUACCGGCGGCACCAUUGGGCCCCUCCUAGCGACAAUCAAAAAUAAUAUCAAAAUCAUCAUUGGUCUCAGCAUCCUAUUCAAUGUAUAACUUCUAUUCGACAUUAUUGAACGAUCAGCGAUUACAGUCCAUGCGAAACAACAACCUUCCAUCGAUUUGAUUUUAAUUUAUUUUAAGUUUUUAAUUUUUUUAAUUUUGUAAAAAAUGUUUUCUUAGUUUUUGUAAACUAAAUAAAGCAAUAGGUUCAAUGUAAAUCAAAAUGUAUGUUGGCUGCGUUGUUCGAUUGAAAGGCUUAUCUUAUUUUCAUUUUUGGAAUUCUAAGAUAUUCAGCUUCCUACGAAGAACAGUGGGCUAUAAAGCUUAUGCUCAUAUUUGUAGGCAUAUUUUUGAUUUUUGCCCAUCGAUCUUGCUACUUUUCUAAAUUUCACCUGUAGAUGAGACAAGUCUACCACUGAGGAACUACUAACAGCAUAUAUAGAUUACCCAGGGAAAACGUCACCUUCAACAGGUGAAAUUUUCAACUCUUUUUUAUCGGUGUUUUUCGUAGGUAUUACGACUCAGUGUACUACUCAAUACCAUUACUGCUACUUACUACCACUACUCACUGUACAUUGGAGGUUGCGAAAGUUAUAUAUUAGAUGAGGUAACAAUUUUGUGAUCAAACCAAACUCACAAGUGGAUUUUUUAGCAACAAACUUCGUUAACUGUCUUUUUGAUAAAGUGUAGCUUUUUUUGAGCCGAAGGCGAGGUAUACAAGCACUUGUGUCGAAAAUCAGUUACCAAAGCAACAUGGGAAAAGCCGAAAAUACUCAUGUACGUUCAGGACGAAUACGAUUUACCAGUGAGCCGAAAAUACUACAUUUCGUACGUAGAAUGAAUAUUUAAGUCGUUAGUUAAAAUCUUAUUGGACGGUGUACGCACGAGAUGUAGUAUUUGCGACCCACACGUAAAUCGUUCUUGUGCUGGACAUGUGUGGGUUUUUUCGGCCUUUUCCGUGAAGUUGCUCAACAAUGAGUAACUUUGCCGCCCCAGUGCGAAAGUUGAAUGGGCGCAGAAUUCACGAAAAACGAACCAAAUAUAUUCUUCGUGUAAUGGAUCGCUUUCGCAGUGGGCCAACUGCUCCGUAAUGAUCAACUUUCACAUGGGGGAGGCAAUACAAUAUUUUUUGCGGUUUUUCAAGUUCAAGGAAGUGUUUUGAAUUCAAUAGCGCUAUUAUGUUUCAAUAAGCCUUCCAAUCAUGUAGCUGUUCUAAACGGCAGUUUUAGUUCGUGUUAUAAGCGUAAUUGAUUCUUUUUGUGUCAACCAAAUAAAAUUCAUUUUGGAUAUGAAAGACGAUCUCUAAGACUAAUAAUCGUUGUCAAGGGAAAAAUAAUGUUGAGUAAAAAGCCGAUAGAUUUACCAUUCAGGUACACUGCACACCUAAAAUCUCGUUUUUUUUGUAAUUUACUGUAAGAUUUGCGUUUAAAUAGUUCUUAAACGAACGGUUAAGCUGUGAAAAGCGCCCAAUGUGAAGUUAUACUUUUAAUUGAAAUUAAUUUUAUAAUUUUUUGUAAGUAUACUGUGAAUAUGUUUAAGUGUCCCAAUCGCAAUUGAUAAUCUUAAGUUGAACAUUUUUAAGUAAAUAAUAGCAAAGAGAAAACAUUUUAGAUAAAAUAAGUUGUAAAAAUUUCGAUAGACGAUAUUUUGUAGGCUAACUGAAUUAGUUAUUGUAAAGUGUCGUGUAAUAAAAAUGCUGAAGGUAAAUACAACAAAAAUG